AUGGCACCUCUCUGCACCUCAGCAGAAGUCAAUCUGCUUGUGUAUCACUACCUCAAGGAGUCUGGUUUUCACCAUGCCUCCUUCUCGUUACGCCAUGAAUCACGUCUAGACGACGAGCCAUUAUCAAAAGAAGCCAUCAUCGAGCCUGGUCAGCUAGUCCGCUUCCUCCAAAAGGGUCUCAUCUAUGCAUCAGUAGAGGCACACAUUCAAGACGACGGCACAGAAAAGCCGUGUUCUUCCACCAUCCGUCUGGUCGGUCCACCACAUGUCUGCGACGGUAAGCCACGAUCAACGCCUCCGUCAACGAGUCCAACACGCCUGUCACCCGAACCUGAUGUGUUCGCCGCACAGCAACCCCGACCUGAGCGCAAAGAAGCCGCAACGCAAACUCCUCCUGCUCCCGCUGCAGCCAGGCCGGUCAAUGGCGUCCACACCACCAAGCUGAUAGCCUCCUCAUCGCUCCAGCCCGACGAUGCUGAUCGAUCCUCCAAGGUGGCUUCUUCCUCCAAGAAGAAGCUUGACGACGCAGUCGAGAACGAUGACGCUUCAUCGGCUACUUUCAAGCCCAAGGAUGCAAAGCGCAAGGCGUCCAACUCGGUCACCUCGGACGCAGACCGGGAGGACAAGCGUGUGCGUAGGAGUGAAGCAGGCGCAAAAUCAGAUGAUGCUGUCACAUUGGAAGCGCAUACUGAUGAGGAUGCACACACAUCCUCGCGCAAGGACCGUCGGAAUGGCGGGUCAGAGUCUCGCUCGGCAUCCCCCGGCGUCGAAAAGAAACAGGCAGCCAAGGACAAGGACACCGGUAGUAGCAAGAAGAAAAAGGGUGGAAAGUCAUCAGCUGGCGAAAAUGGCGAAGCAAGCAAGAAGCGGGCAGACAAGGGCAAAGAUCCAAAGGCGCCAGCACCGCAACCAAAGGGUGACAACUUUAUCGAGGAUGCACAGAUAACAACAUUGGCAGGUCACACGGGCGAAGUAUUCAUCUCUGCUUGGAAUCCAUCCGUGCCCAACAUGCUGGCGUCCGGGGGUGGUGAUGCCACCGUGCGCAUCUGGGAGGUGCCCGAGAAUGCCGGUGAAUCGCCAGAUGCGCCGACCAUCUGCAAGCAUCUGCCUGCCACGCAGAGCAAGGACAUUUCGACGCUUGACUGGAAUCCAGAUGGAACUCUGCUUGCCUCGGGCUCGUACGAUGGUAUCGUCCGGCUCUGGACACCUCAAGGCGAUCUACAUCUCGUCAUGUCAAUGCACCAGGGCCCCGUGAUAAGCGUUCGCUGGAACCGCAAGGGUAACAUGCUGCUCACAGGCAGCGCAGAUGGCACCAUCAUCGUGUGGGAUCUCAACAGCGGCAAGCCUAGGCACACAUUCCCACUCCACAGCGACAGUGUUCUCGACGUCGAAUGGUUGUCAACCGCCGAUGGCUCGCUCAAACCCAAGUCUUCAUCGGAUGCACCACCGCCCAUGCCGCACGGUCUGAGUCCUUCGGUUUCAGAUACCUAUUUUGCCUCGUGUUCCGCGGACAACAGCAUCAAUUUGUGCAAGCUUGGUGAGCCAAAACCGGUCAAGUCGUUCAAGGGUCACACGGACGAGGUCAAUGCAAUCCGCUUUGAUCCUUCGCAGACGCUUCUGGCCUCCGUUUCAGAUGACACGACGGCCAAGAUUUGGGCUCUCGACAUCGGCUCGAGUGGUGCAAGCGGAGCAUCUGCCGGUGCUACCGGGUCGGCAGGAGAUCACCUUCGCAAGCGCGCAUCUCAGCGCCGAGGCGGAAGCGCACAUUUGGAAGGAAUGGAUGUGGACGAAGAUGGUACGCAGAGAACAGCCGAGGAAAACACUGGUGACCGCGACCGCGACCGCGAAAAAGACCGUGCCACGCCUGGCUCUAUAGGCAGUGGCGCAGCAACGGCCAACGCCACCAACAAAGAACGCAAUUCACCGGCGCCAGGAAGCAACGGGCAGACAGGCCUAGCAUCAAACUUGGGCGCUGCAUCGACCCUUCUCACCACCACAGCUAAAGGUCCCAACAAGGGAUUGCGGCUAACGCUUGCCGGCCACAAGAAGGAGCUCUACGCUCUCGCAUGGUGUCCCACCGGUCCUGGCUCAGCCAAUCCGGAUCAACCCAGGAUGCUGGCUACCAGCUCUUUUGACUGGACCGCCAGGCUGUGGAAUGCCGAUAAUGGUGACUGUCUGCGCGUCAUCGACGCACACGAGGACAAUGUCUACACGUUGCGAUUCAGUCCGUGUGCUCGCUACCUCGCCACGGGCGGCAUUGACAAGAAGGUCAUCAUCUCGCGCGUCGACAACGGCGCUCUAGUGCAGCAGUACCAAGGAGGAGGUCCAAUAUUUGAUAUUGCAUGGAAGGACAUCUACGACAUGGUCGAGACCAAGCAGGAGUAUGGAGAGAAGGGCGAAGAGGACGGAACCAAGCUGCAGCCUCUAGCAAAGCGCCAUCAGCUCGCCAUCUCGCAGGCAGACCGAAAGCUGAGUGUGCUCAAUAUUGGCGAUCUGGAUGCUGUCGAGUCGACGGUUACAUUCAAAGCACCUCCUGCGGUCGAAGUCAAGACCGAGGCAAGCACCAGCAGCGACAAGCCUCCCAAAAAGCAGGCCCGUGGUGGAGUUUGA